AUGGCCGGUGAUGGGGGCGCAUUGAAGGAUAUCAAUGAAAUUAAAUCUCAGUUUCGAACCAGAGAAGGCUUUUACAAGCUGUUAACGCUUUCCGACUCACAACAACGAGGCGGGCUACCUCGGGGUCCCUCUACCACCAACUCCUCUCCACCGGGUUUCCUCCCCCCGGUUCGGGUCUCUAUGGUGAAGCUUCAGCCGGAGGACCCAAGUGAGGAUUCUGAACGAGUGUGCUUCAACAUCGGCAGGGAACUUUAUUUCUACACCUACACCAAUAUCAAAAAGGCGGUGGACCUGAGUAAGCCCAUAGAUAAACGGAUCUAUAAAGGCACCCAGCCCACCUGUCAUGACUUUAACCAGUACUCUGCCACUGCAGACAGCGUGGCCCUGAUCGUGGGCUUUUCCGCUGGACAGGUGCAAUACCUGGACCCCAUUAAGAAGGAGACCAGCAAGCUUUUCAAUGAGGAGCGUUUGAUUGACAAAUCAAAAGUUACGUGUUUGAAAUGGCUGCCCAAGUCGGAGAACCUGUUCCUGGCAUCCCAUGCGAGCGGACACCUGUACCUGUACAACGUGGAACACCCAUGCGGCACGACGGCACCUCAGUAUUCUCUGCUCAGGCAGGGCGAAGGGUUCGCCGUGUACGCCUGCAAGACGAAGACGCCCCGAAAUCCACUGCUGCGCUGGGCGGUGGGCGAGGGGGGGCUGAAUGAGUUCGCCUUCUCCCCCGACGGGGUGCACGUGGCCUGCGUGGGGCAGGACGGCUGCCUGCGCGUCUUCCAUUUCGACUCCAUGGAACUCCAGGGGGUGAUGAAGAGUUAUUUCGGAGGUUUGCUGUGCGUGUCGUGGAGCCCCGACGGGAAGUACCUGGCCACGGGCGGGGAGGACGACCUGGUGACGGUCUGGUCGUUCGCCGAGAGCCGCGUGGUGGCCAGAGGUCACGGCCACAAGUCCUGGGUCAACGUGGUGGCCUUUGAUCCUUUCACAACCAGCCUGGAGGAAGAGGAGCCCCUGGAGCUCAGCGGCAGUGAGGAGGACCUCCAGCAGGGGUCGGUGCAUUUCGGCCGCGUUCGAACGAGCAGCACCCUCUCCCGCCUCUCCCGUCACAGCUCCAAGGGAGGCACUCCGUCCGUCUCGUACCGGUUCGGCUCGGUCGGCCAGGACACGCAGUUCUGCCUGUGGGAUCUGACGGACGACGUCCUGUAUCCUCGUCUUCCCCUGUCGCGAGCGCUCACCAACACCUUCAGCUCCACCCUCCCGCCCUCCGUCAGCGGCAGCGUCAACAACACGGGUGGAGGAGUGGAGGGUCACCAUCACCCCUCCAACCCCCACCAGCCCACGCUUCCUUUACCUCUCCCGCGUUCGCUCUCGCGCUCCAACUCUCUUCCCCACCCUGCCGUGGCUAACACUUCCAAAAGCCAGGGGGCGUCUGAGAGCUCCGGCGGCACAGGAGGGGGCGGCAGCGGCGGGGGGAACGCUCCUUUCAGCAUAGGUCGGUUUGCCACGCUGUCGCUUCAGGAACGCAAGUCGGACAAAUCGGUGGGCGGCGUGGAGAAAGAGCACAAACGCUACCACAGCCUGGGAAACAUCAGCAAGAGCAACGACAAGAUCAACGUGGCGCCGCGUAGCAACCGUCUGGAUGCUUCCAAGGUGCUUGGCACUACGCUCUGCCCGCGGAUGAAUGAGGUGCCCAUGCUGGAGCCGCUGGUGUGUAAGAAGAUCGCCCACGAGAGACUCACGGUGCUGGUCUUUAUGGACGACUGCAUCAUCACGGCGUGCCAGGAGGGACUCAUCUGUACCUGGGCACGACCGGGGAAAGCGCAUCCUCCCCAGACGCUGGCGACACAGAACGGAAACUCUCCAAGCGGGACGGUGGUAUAGCCCCGAAUCCAGCGCCUGAACUUUGCACUCAGCCCCCUUCCCCAUCCUGCACUGACUUCACUUCCUGUUCCUGAGGCCUGACUUCCUGUUGAACCAGGCCAGGAGCUGGGCUAGCACAGCGCUA